UGCAGCAAUUUUUGGGUACACUGCGAAUUUCAUGAACAGUUUCAGCCAGCAUUCCCAAAAUCAAACCCUAACAAAUUGGAUCAAAAUUUUUACCUUAAAUCACAUACCCUUGGCAAAAUUACUUACAUUUGUACUAUCUCCCUUCUUUCCUGUAAUCCGAAGCUGCGAAAAGGGAGAAACUUUCCAAUUCUUGUGUAUUACUCAGGCUUGAGCUGGAAAAUGUUGAUGGGACAUGCAGAAGGGGUUUCAAAACUCGGUUCGUCGACAAAAUUGUUGCUUUCUGACCCUGAAUCAGAGUCAGAUGGAGAUGAAGAAGCUGAUACUCCUGAGAAGAUACUAUAUAUGGCUUCUUUUGAUGAACUUGGAGAGAAAAGUGUUCAGUAUGACACUAUAAUAUGGCUCUCUAUAUCAUUGCUUCUGGUUUUAGCUUGGGGAAUUGGAAUACUUAUGUUACUCUAUCUGCCGAUGCGAAGAUAUGUGCUUAAAAAGGAAAUUUCAUCACGCAAACUUUACGUUACUCCAGAUGAAAUAGUUUACAAGGUGUCAAGACCUUCAUUCAUACCAUUUUGGAAAGACAUAAAAUUUGAAAAGCAUGUUCCUCUACCUUUAGUGAUAGAUAUCAUUAUUGAGCAAGGUUGCUUGCAGUCAAUGCUUGGACUACACACCUUCAGAGUUGAAAGUAUAGCACGUGGAAAAGCUGCACCAGUUGAUGAACUACAGGUGCAAGGUGUGCAUAAUCCUGGACUCCUAAGGAAGGUCUUCGUAAAUGAAGCAUCAAAGGUCAUACAUGUUGGAAGGAGUUGGAGAACUGUGGUUCAAGGUGAUGAUGGUGCUGCAUCCGUUUCGAGAUCACCAUCUAAAACUUCAAGGCUGACGGGCUCCCCACGCCAUGCUUCCCUGGAGCACAGGGGUUUUGUACCUUCUGAUUUUCUGCUUCACAAGCUUGACGAAGUUAAUAAUUCAGUGAAGAAAAUCGAGUUGCUUAUUGAGAAGUCCCCAGCCACUCCAGGAAGCAGCUAACGGAGUUUGAUAUAUGCCUUGGUCUCAACUACAUCACCACGCUUAAAUGAACCAGAAAAAGUUGCUUACCUAGAAUCUCUCAAGCAACCCAGAAAACAGCUAUGGGUGGUCGGUUUGUGCCUCAUUGGCUUUUCUUCGUAAGAGUUUAUGUGACCAGAAAAGAAAAUAUGGCAAGCAACUCCAGGAAGCAACUAUUGCCUUUGAGCCAUAAGAUGUCAUCAUUUGUAAUGUAAAUAACCAGUUUACGCCAUUGUGUGUGAAGUCUUCACAGCAGUUUUGGUCGAUGCAUAUAUAUAGUGGGACAUUUGAAACAUGAGCCUACAUCAAAGUUUUUGUUCAUUUCUUUCUUUGUAUUUGCAGAGAGACUGAAUUGGAGGCCAAUAGAGGCUUGUCGUUUGCUAUAAUGAAAUAGUACUAUAAUACUCUGUUAGCUAUAUAUCCUUUUAGAAAUUGUGAGUAUUUACCAACUCUUACAAAUGUUAUGUGGGA